GAUUUCCGCGGGACGCGGCGCUGGUCGCGGAUUUAACUGGGACUCUGGGCCGAGUUAUUGCUUUUUGUUCUGGGUUCCGCUGAACAAACCAAGCUUCUGGACCUAUCACCGUGGAAAACACUGGAUCCGCUUCCUCCACCUCUCGGGCCCCAGCGGGGGUAGAACGAGGUGCACAGGUGGCUCCGCACGGGCACUGGGAGGAGCGGGAGCGAGAUCUCGCCGCGGGGAGCCGUGACGGGACAGUACACUGCCCGGGACGGCUGCCCUGAAGCCCUUGUCUCUAGUACCGGACCCUGGCCGGGCUUCCCGAGGCCAUUGGGCGAGUCUCCGCCGUCCGGCCACCUCUUCUGCUGCGGCUUCGUGCGGGGAGAGAUUUGUGCCUCCAUCACGGACGUCCCCAGCUUCCCGCACCCCCGGAACCUCCCCGACCUCGGCGUGCGUGGUGUCUGCAGGUGGGUGUUGGCUCUCCCGCCUGGCUGGACCCCUCACCAGCAGAUGGAGCUGCGGGCACCUAUCCCCGGGGCUGCGGGGCCCCCAUGGACCGCAGUGGGGCCGACGGAUGUUGCUGGGUCAGACACCGGCACCGCUGCCUUGCGGGGGAUCCGGAGUGGGUAACAGCGGCGGCGAAGGGCCCGGGUAGGACGUUUUACAUGUCCCAGAGAUCAUCGGCUGCUGGUGGAAAAGUAUGCCCUGUUUGGGUGGGCACUCCCUGUCCUUGACCAUGGCUCCCGGGCCAUCCACCGAUCCCGGGCCCUGUGCCACCAGACUGCGCUUAGCGCCGACACUCACGGCCGCUGGCAGCUCUGGAGCGCACCGAGCCCGAACCGUGCAGGCUGACCCGCCAGCAGCGGCCGUGGGCUGGCCUCGGCACAGGGCACACUGUCGUUUCCAUCGAAUUGCGUUAUUCUGAGCACCUCCAAUGCGGAUGUUUCCGCACUGGGCGCUGCUGCCGCCGCCCCCCUCCAUUCCCCGCUGCCAGUCGGACACCGCUGGGCCUCGAGGCCGGUGUGAGAGUGCGGCUGGCCGCUCAAUUCGCCGCGUCCCGGUUCUCCGUGGUGGCCACUCGGCUUCCGCGCGCGGCCCAGGACGAACUGCUGUCUCUGUGCGGGGCGAACGCAGCGUGUCGCACCGGGACGCCUGCUGCCACUCCGGCCGUCGGGUCCCACGAAGCCGUCAGCGUUCGGCCCCUAUGGCAUUGCUUAGCGCUGUGGGACCCGUCUCGGCCUCGGCUCGGGGCGAGCUCUCCCUGCCAGCAGUGCUUUCUUUUCGGGGUGAAUAACCCUCCCUUUCACCCGAACAGGGCCGCCUCCGCUGCCUUACCACCUCGGGCGUUCCUGCAGCCGGUGACAAGCUAGGGCCGUGCUCUCCGGUGUCUCCAUGUCUCGGUUUUGCGCGGUGCGGGAGUUCCAGCGGCCGAGAGCGGCUGCCGGUGGACGGCGGAGCCAGCGCAAAGCGAAAGCUCGGGACUGCGGUGGGCCAGGAGGCCCCGAGCUGAGGGGGUUAAACCAGGAGCCUCCCCCUUACCUUCAAAAAGUUAAAAAUGUCUGGAGCCUGCAUCUCUUAAAGGGGCGGUGCUGGCUGCAAGGAGUCUUGGCACCGGCUGCGAGAAAGGCUGGUCAGGGGCGUGAGUUCCCCUCCACCAGCACCAAAACAUUGCAAAAAAAGGCAGAGCGCCCCACACUUUAGAUAAGGACAAUUAGCUACCAGCGAGCCCCUGCAGACAGCGAGUUAAUUAGGGGUUUCCUGCUCUCCGGCAUGCCCUGUCCCAGCUCCUGCCCCCCCGGGCUCUUAGCCCUGAUGGCACCUGGGCUAGCUCUCAUGGCCACUUUCUCAUUGCCCUCCCAGGCCGGGGACAGGAGAGCGCUGCCGGUGGAGAAAACUUCAAGUGUGAGAGGAAGAACUCUCAUUCUCCUUGAUGUCAACACCAAGAGCCCUGUCAGGAUAAUCAGUGAGAAUUUCCUCUCCCUGCAGCUGGACCCCUCCAUCAUUCAUGAUGGCUGGCUCGAUUUCUUAAGCUCCCGGCGGCUGGUGACUCUGGCGCGGGGCCUGGCCCCCGCCUUCCUGCGCUUCGCGGGCAAGAGGACGGACUUUCUGCAGUUCCACAACGUGAAGAACCCAGCUAAAAGCCGUGGCGGGCCCGGCCCGGACUACUACCUCAAGAACUACGAGGACGACAUUGUUCGCAGUGAUAUUGCCCUGGAUAAGCAGAAAGGCUGUAAGAUCGCCCAGCAUCCUGACAUAAUGUUGGAGCUACAGAGGGAAAAGGCAGCUCAGAUGCACUUGGUUUUGUUAAAGGAGCAGUUUUCAAACACAUACAGCAACCUCACAUUAACAGCCAGGUCUCUAGACAAACUCUAUAACUUUGCUGACUGCUCUGGCCUUCACCUGAUCUUUGCACUGAAUGCUUUGCGCCGAAAUCCCAACAACUCCUGGAAUAGCUCCAAUGCCCUCAGCCUGCUGAAGUACAGUGCCAGCAAGAAGUACAACAUCUCCUGGGAGCUGGGCAAUGAGCCCAAUAACUAUCGGACCCUGAUGGGCCGCUCAGUGAACGGCAGCCAGCUGGGGAAGGACUACGUUCAGCUGAGAAGCCUGCUGCAGCUUAUCCGCACUUACUCCAAAGCAAACCUCUAUGGACCAAACAUUGGGAGGCCCAGAAAGAAUGUCAUUGCCCUCCUGGAGGGGUUCAUGAAAGUGGCUGGCAGCACUGUGGAUGCCGUUACCUGGCAACACUACUACAUUGACGGAAGAGUGGCCAAAGUGACAGACUUCCUGAAAACACGCCUGCUAGACACGCUCUCUGACCAGAUCAGGAAAGUCCAGAAGGUAGUGAACACAUACACACCAGGGAAGAAGAUCUGGCUGGAAGGUGUCGGUGCGACCUCGGCUGGAGGCAUGAACAACCUCUCCGAUUCCUAUGCGGCCGGGUUCCUGUGGCUGAACACACUGGGCUUGCUGGCCAGCCAGGGCAUCGAUGUGGUGGUGCGGCACUCCUUUCUUGACCAUGGCCACAACCACCUGGUGGACCAGAACUUCAACCCAUUGCCGGACUACUGGCUGUCCCUGCUCUACAAGCGCCUCAUCGGCCCCAAGGUGCUGGCAAUCCACGUAGCUGGUCUCCAGAGAAAGCCCAGGCCUGGCAGGGUGAUUCGCGACAAGCUCCGCAUUUACGCUCACUGCACCAGCUACCACAAUCACAACUAUGUCCGAGGGUCCAUCACCCUCUACAUCAUCAACCUGCAUCGCUCCCGGAAGAAAAUCAAGCUGGCGGGAACACUGAGGGAUAAGAUCGUCCACCAGUACCUGCUGCAGCCCUAUGGCAAGGAUGGACUCCACUCCAAGUUGGUCCAGCUCAACGGGCAGCCACUAGCCAUGGUAGACGAUGGAACCCUCCCUGAGCUAAAGCCUCGUCCGCUGCGGGCUGGCCGCACCCUUGUCAUCCCCCCACUGACCAUGAGCUUCUACGUGGUGAAGAAUGUGAAUGCUCUGGCGUGCCGGUACCGAUAGCCUUGGGCCCAGAAUGGACCUGCAGCCCCACUCCUGCUCUUACGCCCUCCUUAGGAAAUGCUGCCUCCUUGGCAGCCCACACAGCCUCCCAGUGGGGCCACACCAGGCAGACACCAUGCCAUGCCCUCACCUUGCACCCUGGUUGCCCUCUGGCUUGGCAUCCUCUCCCACCCUGUGACCACAGAGCUUCACUUGGCCAUGGCCAGCAUCCUGGCGGAGCAGUGCAGCAGCGGAUUUGCAGGGCCUGUCGCGAUCCAUCCUGAAAAGCUACGUGAAACACCCGGGAUCUGGUGGCCAGUGGCUGCUGGGGAGGAGUGGGGUGCUGAGCCCUGGUACCCAUAGGAUGGUCACCCUCUCUGGCCCCCUCGCCCGCCCACUGCCCCUCGGGGUGACCGUGCAGCAGCUCGUCCCACUUUCCUCGGCACCUUCCCAGGCGGCGCAGCAAGCACAUGGAAGCAGCUCCCUCUGCUGCCGCCAGCCCGGCCAGGACCGGCGCGGGGAUGCUGCGGUCUGGAGAGCGGGCGCCGAGCUCCGCCCCGGGCGGGUUGGGGGGUUCGAGGUUCGGCGGCUGGAAAUGUGGAUAGUUAAAUUAUACGUCCCGGAGCGGAGGGGAGCAACGAGAGGCGGGGCCGGCAGGCAGCCCCGGUACCCUCUGAUGGUUGAGUGAGUCCUGCCCGGGAGAGGGGCGGUGUGACGAGCGGGAGUAGCCGGGAAGUGCUGAGACGCUACUGGAGGUGUAAUAAAGUUGGGCUGUCAAGCG